UUCACAAUCUCCCUCAAUUCUCUGGAUUUCUCUUUGUAUCCCUUCUCUCUCUUGAGCAAGAGGGAGAAAAAUCCUAGUUCUGGUCUGUGUCGGUGCAUGGAAAUGGAAUCUGAAGGAUCGAGGGUCGUAGUUCCUAGAAACUUCAGAUUGUUGGAAGAACUCGAGAGAGGGGAGAAGGGAAUUGGAGAUGGAAGUGUCAGCUACGGAAUGGAUGAUGCUGAUGACAUAUACAUGCGAUCAUGGACUGGGACCAUCAUUGGCCCUCCUAAUACUGUUCAUGAGGGGCGUAUCUACCAGUUGAAACUUUUCUGCGAUAAAGACUACCCAGAUAAUCCACCAACUGUGCGAUUUCAAACACGGAUUAACAUGACCUGUGUGAACCAGGAAACUGCAAUGGUUGAACCUUGUCAGUUUCCAAUGCUUGCUGAUUGGAAGAGGGAAUACACAAUGGAGGACAUACUUACCCAGUUGAAGAAAGAAAUGAUGUCUCCUCAGAACUGGAAGCUGGCCCAGCUUCCUGAAGGAAAUGAGGAGCAAAGGAUAGACCCGAAGGGGUUGGAGCUGAGAUGUUGUAUUCUCUAAAUAAAUUGAAAUGAAUCAACAGUAAUGUAUAUAAUCUCCAUGUUGAUGGCCUUAUGGCUGGUGCUGUUUUCUUCAAUUGCUGAUUGUGACAAAAGGCGGCAAGGCAAAUUGGACCCUAGGUAAUCCAACAUCUUGGGAUUGCUUGAUAUUUGGUGUUACUUUCUGAGUAUCAACUCAGUACAUAUGUUGGGUG